AUGGAUUACCUCUCCGACGGCGGGCGAAACGAUGACCAUAAUGGCCCCACUGAGGGUCAGUCUUGGCGAGGUGCAACUGACGACGACACAUACUCUACAGCAGACAUGGCUAGGCUCAAACACAUCAUGGACAUCGGUACAUCCUCUGGGCAGUCCUCAAGCACAUCAAAAGCCUCGCCUAAUGCGAGCGUGUCUGCCUUUACCACCACUUCCGAUCGCAGCAGCACAAGCUCAAGAACAGGAUCAAGCACCACCGCCAGCGAGACAUUUCUACCACAGACAGACGGGCUCUCGUCGGGAGCAGCAGCAGGCAUCGGCAUUGGAAGUGCCGCUGCUGGUGCUAUGCUCGCUCUCUUCGUUGCCUUUUUCAUCAUUAGGAGCAAGUCGUCAAAACCAAAAGACUACGGUGGCUCUGGUGAUAUACGGUCAACCUCCUCCGAUGACAGUCCUCCAAGAUUGGAUAAGACCCCAGGGGUUGUCCUGUCUCCUUUGCAGCGCAAUGGCGUCGGGUCUAGCCUGCCACUGCUCCCACCACCAACGGAAAACAGUGAACUGGUACGAAUGUAUUCGACACUCAGCACGAUGAUUCAGAAUCAUGCGUACAGCUUCUUCAGUCAGGUUUCAAUGGGGGUCGGAGCGGCAAAGCAGAUCAGCAGUCACAGGACCCUCGAUGAAGUCCUUGGUCUGGGCGCGCCAGUCGAUGCUCAAGUACUUGCUGAUCUAUUGAACGGUCCUGAACGAGUUAUCGCGGUACGCUUCCUGCUCGGCUGGGCCAUCGUGUCCAACAUUGACCCUCGAGCCUCCCCUGAUUCGACGCUGCUACCUCCUGAGUUUGCUGGAAGCCUGCGUACGCUCGGAGACAACACGAAUGCUGAUCCGACUCUCCUAAGCAAAUGGCGCCACCUCACCGGCGCUCUCAUAGCUCCUACAUACGGGUCCCAUCCAUCAGACGUUCAGAUCCUCAAUCAUAACAACCUCAAAAAACUGGUCGACCUACUCGAUGAAAUUCUAGAACCACUUGCGUCGUCUGGAGAAAGCUCGAACUGGAGAAGUAACAUGGAGCAGAUUAUCAAGUUGGGCGCGCAGAGUGGAUAUACCUUGCUCACGCAGCCUACGGGCUGGACGUUCGAUUGGCAGGCUACUCAGACGAAAUCUGCAAAGGCAGUUGUGGUGUUUCCUGAUUUGGUGCAAGUGGAGGACGAUGAAGGGAUGAGACUAGAUCCUCCGCGGCAUUGUAAUAUCAAGCAAGUGGUGAAUGUUGGGGAGAUGAGACGGCCGUGUGCUCUGUGCCCAAAGGCAGCGCAGACUUUCAGCAUCAAGACUGCCUUUGAGACACCACCCAGCCAUUCUCAGUACCUCGACGGCUGCCAAGUCCACAUCGCACGCUGUUAUCGUGCUACGAACGCCGACCCUCAGUCCAACAUGCCCGUCGAACCACUAACAGCCGUCGAAACCUCCAUCAAUGCCACCUUCCGCCUCGCAGACUUCUGCCUCUCCGUCCAGCGAGCCCCCGAAGACAUCACAAUCUUCAGCUAA